AUGGUGGAGCUAGAAACGGCGGAGGCGACAAAGCACCUCAGGUCAAAGGAAAUAUCGCCUUUAAAAGCCGUAGAAGUCGCUCUGGCGUUGCUAGACGGUUCCCUAGAUGUGUUCCUUAUCAACAAGCAUCACUUUGUGUUCAACUUACUAUGCGAUCGAUUGAACGAUCUUACGGGCAAAGAUUUCAAGAUAUGGAAGCUAGAGCCUCUUGCCUGGACGCUUUGGGAAAGAUUGUGGCGGAUGAUGGGAGAAGUGGAGCUGGAUCUAGAUGUGAGAACCAAGAGCUUCAGAAGAGUCAAGUUGGUGGCCAUUGUGGCCAGUGUCUUGCAACAGAGCACUUCGGGUAGCAAUACUGAGCUUUUGGAAGCGAUGUUCUCCUGUGUUGCUACUAUACUAAGUUCUGGUUAUGUCGACGUCGAUGAAUUCACCGCUACGGGGCUUUUAUCUGACUAUGUGAAAUGGUUGGAGAAUGAAACCAAGGAGGAUGCAAAAAUCAAUGACUGGACCACAGUGAUACUACAAAUUUAUCAGCUUCCAAGACAGUCCUCUCAGUACAAGCCAACGAAGAAAAGCACGGCUCGCUACUUUUCAAGUGUGCUUCCUCACAUACUCAAUAUCCUUUCGUCUCCUUACGAUCUCCUGCUUGAGCCUACCAUAAAUCUUUUGAAACUGCAAAACAGAAUCUUCCUAUUUGAGAUUGAAACUCCUCGUUCACUCUGUUCGCAUAUGGAUGACGUUUUGGCAUAUGAUGGUCUCCUACAAGAAGCUGUUGAGCUUCUAUUUCAAGAAGUCGUGAACAAUUUGGCUGCCAAGGAUAUCGCCCUGUGUGAAGCCGUAUUUAUUAGUAUCACAAAAUGCAGCAAAUUCUCGGAAUUGUCGGAGAGACUUCUUCAAGUCUUGGCCGAUGUCAACAGAACCCUUUCGCCUGAGUUCUUCCAAAAUAUGUACAUAGAUGAGAUUUCCAGGCAGCCGGUGAGGUGGGGAUUGGUGGGUCAUCUUGUCUCUUUGAGCCCAUCGUUAGCAGUCGAAAAAGCUCAAGAAAUUGUGGAUACUACAAAGGGACUUUCAGAGGAGGAUAUUUGUAUCCUAGCGCCUAGAUUGGCUCAAGGUUUUAUUCGUGCCAGAGAAUUCAACAGCUUUAUUGAGACGUUCUUUCCCUUGGGUGUAUCUUUGAAUCCUUGUUGGAAUAAUGAAUUUGUGGUUAACUCCUUGUCUUCAAAGUGCAAUGAACUCUCUGCCAAUCAAUUCUCGACACUAUUAAAUCUCUCUUUGGAAAAGAAGCAGAAGGAAACGGCUGUUCUCUUACUCAAAGGACUCCUAAUGUGCCCUACAUCCAAACGAGACGCUGCGGUUCGUGUUCUUGAGAGCUCACAAUUUUCAUACCCUGGAUGGUCAGAAGUAGUAUACUUCUUGUUGUGCAAUUACGGCCACAAGUUUUUGUCAGACGGACUUUUGAAGUCUGUGGUUCCAGGAAAGCCACAAACAAAAUAUGACUUCUACUUGACUUUCAGGAUUGCUGAACUUACAGCCUCCUUUGAAUUGGUGGAAGAGAAGGAGGUGGCACGCUUUAUCAAGAAGAAUUCCACCACAGAGACUCUUGCUCUCGCAAGACGAUGGCUUGUUCUUUUUGAACCUUUUGAAAAGAUCCAUACGGCCAUUAUUGAGAAGUUCAUGCUGGAUCAAGGGGAUGGCCUUCUUGAGCUCCUCAAAACUGAAGCACCCUUAGUUUUUGAGCUUUCAGGCUUUCUCAAAUCACUUCUGACUUAUAUUUCGAAGCAUCCAAAGUUUCCAAAUAAAUCAGCUCUCUUUUGCAUGAUGCCUCUUCCCAUUUAUCGAAAGUUUUUUGUAUCUUUCACCGAUGACUUUUGCAAAGACUCGAUCAAAAGUCAAGAGUCGAAGAUCAUCCUUAAGUAUAUUUUGCAGGAUGCUAAUGGCUCGUCACUUCUUGAAAAAGACAUCAAGUUCUUCAAAAAAUUCCUUGCGUGUGAUGACACUCAGAUCACUUUUGAGAUAGGUGAACUUGUAUGGGACAGUCACAUCACUAACUUCAAGAGCCAAGCAUCCUCGAACUUUGUCAACGAGAUUUUGAGGCAUCUUGAAAAAAAUUUAAAAAAGGAUCCAUCUAAUACUGACUUGAAACUUGCACAAAUAGUCAUCAAAGGCAAGAAGCCGAAGUCUAACGACUUCAACUUGGCGUUUGAAAUUGUUUGCGAACUUUACGUUGCUUUGGUCACCAAAAAGAAGACCUUAAGUAAUGAUCUAAUUGCUGUUCUUGCUUAUCUUCCCUCGCCACUCCUGGAGAAGAUUUCAAUCCUGAUCAAGAAAUUGCUUAAAAGCAUGGGCAAGGAAAGACUAGAUGAUUCAUUAGAGCAGACCCUCUUUGCUUUGGCUGUCAAAACAUCUGCCUCAAGCUUCCACGGAGCUUUAUACGUUAUCAGUUUGUUCCUCGCCCUUCUGAAUAACUCAACUUUUGGCAGCUCUCAAUCUGUCAAAUCUAAUCUCAUUGCAUACUUCCAGUCUUUGCCCUCAGGAGACUUCGAUAAAAUUUAUUUGCAUUUACUAGCAGCCGGUGAGGAUGCUGCCUCCCCAUUCCUUGAUCCAAUCAUCCGAAUUUUAACCAUCCUCGCACAUCAACUAGACAAAGAACGCAUCAAAGAGCAUACAAAACUUUUCGUCAGCACUAUUCUGUUGAUGAGCAUUCGGACUAAAGAUGUGGAAAACAUCGACACUUUGCAUGAAUACUUGUCCACUAUUACUGUCAUGUUAUCAGAUCAUCCAUGGAUUUUCUCCCAGUAUGCCAUCGAGCUGACUUUAGCCUACGUUGUCGGUACACUCAAAAAUUCCCGAUUUUCCAAUCAAUCUAAAAGCUUCAUCGCCCUCAUCGAUGUCAUAUCGUACAUUGCCUUGUUUCACAGAUUCAGAAUCACAUCUCGUUACCAUUUGUUGAUAAGUGCCCUUUCUGAGAUAAUGAACCACUUGACAAGGAAGGAGGCUACCGCUGAAGAAGGUGCUGUUUUUUCCAGAUUGUUGGUUACACUUUGUGAGCCUCCCAUUCAGAGGUCUACUAAGGAAAGUGAGUCACUCACAUCUCAAGCAGCCGUCUACAAACGAGUUCUCAGGAAACAGGCACACAUUCUAUUGAUUAAUUAUGUGCAUAUGCAAGUGUCUGCGCCAUUGAAGAGUUCAAUCACUGACGCAUUGAUGCCAGGUAUCUAUAGUUUGUUUGGACUUCUCUCUAAGCUUGAAAUGCAGUUGGCCAACCAGCUUUUGGAUCUGCUGGGCAGAGUCUACUUCAAGAAUUUGUACCAGGGCUUUAAGGAUCACGGCAAGUGGAAGAAUUAG